AGUACUCUACUUUUUGGUUGCCAGUAGAAUAAAUAGCUCGUGAUCUCUCAGUCAUUCCCACCACCACUUUUCCUCACGAUGUUCAGAUUCCGGGCUGUAGCAUUCAUCACAAUUCUUUUGAUUCUAUUAGACAGCGGUCGUGUCCUCUGCCACACAAAAGGACUCCGGUCGCCGCGGGCGCCGUCGGAGCAGUACCCGGAGAACUCGACGCAGGGGGGGUUGACGGAGCAGCAGUUCAUGCUGUGGGUCAAGUUCGUCGGCAGCCUCCGGCACAGUGCCUUCGGCAGGGCAGUGAACGAGGCCUUCUCUUCCCGCGCGCUCACCGUCGACAAAAACCCGUCGGCCGGAGACUUCACGACGAUCCAGGCUGCCGUCGACUCUCUGCCUCUCAUCAAUUUGGUGCGAGUUGUGAUCAAGGUCAAUGCCGGCACGUACACAGAGAAGGUGCGGAUAUCGCCGAUGAGAGCCUUCGUCACCAUACAAGGAGCAGGAGCUGGUAAGACGGUGGUUCAGUGGGGUGACACAGCCGAAACACUGGGGCCGACAGGGCAGCCCAUCGGGACCUUCAACUCCGCCACCUUCGCUGUCAAUGCCCCUUAUUUCAUGGCAAAGAACAUCACCUUCAAGAACACAACCCCUGUUCCGCCACCAGGGGCGAUGGGGAAGCAGGCGGUGGCGCUGAGGGUGUCCGCGGACGCGGCGACAUUUGUGGGCUGCAAUAUUUUGGGGGCACAAGACACGCUCUACGAUCACUUCGGCAGGCAUUACUACAAGGAUUGCUACAUCGAAGGCUCUGUGGAUUUCAUCUUCGGGAACGCUCUCUCGCUCUACGAGGGAUGUCGUGUCCACGCGGUGGCGCGGAACUACGGCGCCGUCACGGCGCAGAACCGGAUGAACCUUUUGGAGGACACAGGGUUCUCGUUCGUGAGAUGCAAGGUGACGGGGUCGGGGGCGCUCUACCUGGGGCGGGCAUGGGGAACCUUCUCCAGGGUCAUCUUCGCCUACACGUACAUGGACGCCAUCAUCGUCCCCAGAGGAUGGUACAACUGGGGAGACCCCAACAGAGAGAUGACUGUGUUCUACGGGCAGUACAAGUGCAGCGGCCCGGGAGCGAGCUACGCGGGAAGGGUUUCAUGGUCGAGGGAGCUCACGGACGAGGAAGCAAAGCCUUUCAUUACCUUAAGCUUCAUCGACGGCUCCGAGUGGGUCAAGUUGUGAAUGCCGUCCACCAUUUGCCUUUUCUUCCCUUGAGAUUGUCCAAAACAAUACAGCAGCAGAAGAAGAAGAAGAAGAAGACGUCUCUUAGGAUUCUUCGAAUAAAACAAUGGUUGCUCAA